AUGCAAGAACAAGAACAAUUGAUGAACCAAGCUUUGAAACAAGAAUGGUUUCGGGAUCGACCCGAAUUGAAGACAGUUUUUGAAGAAUUUAUUAAAAUUCCUCCUAAAAUUGAUCUGAAUAAGAAACUAUUGGAUACACAGUCGGAAUUGCAAAAUAUUCAUUCGGAAAUUCAAACACAACAAUUGGAUAAUAUUCCAGAAACUGUGAAAAAACCCCAAAAUCCAAAACCAUCAAUCAGUAGUACAACCAAUCAACAUGUACCUAGUAGUAGUAGUAGCGACAAUCUCAUCAAAGAAAACGUUCUACCACCACGAAAUAAAAAGAACGAUCCUCAAAAAAGAAAGAAACAAGCAACUUCUAAGAGUAAGGAGGAGCACAAGAAAAAGAAAUUGGAGAAGGAACCUGAGAAGCCAGUUGUGAGAGAUUUAUGUAAAUUCUUUUUAACUGGUCAUUGUUAUAAGGGAGAUUCGUGCCCUUUUCUGCACGACAAGAAGUUAUUCCCAUGUAAAUUUUUCCAUCUCUACAAUAAUUGUAAAAAAGGAGAGUUGUGUGAAUAUUCUCAUCAAGUUCCUCUUAGUGAAGAAUAUCGUCAAUUAUUGAUAAAUACCGAAAAGAAAAAGGAAAAUCUCAAGAUCAGAAGCCCUCAACUCUGGUUCAAUCACAGCCAGCACUGCCAUUCAUUGAGACAACUCAGUCUUUGGACAAUUCCACAAGUAUUGGUUAUGAUCCUUUUGGUGGAGGAGUGA